AUGAGAACGAAAACUUUUACAACAAAAUACUAAUGCCUAUAGCUCAUUCAUUUAGCCCAGAAACAUCGCACAAAUUAGCUAUCUUAGCUAAUAAAUAUAAACUAAUCCCAAGGACUAAGUAUGUUGAUCCUGAUAUUAUUAAAACUAAUUUUUGGGAAUGAGUCUGCAAAAUCCGAUUGGCAUUGCUGCAGGUUUUGACAAACAAGGCGAAGGUGUGGAAUCGCUUCAUGAUAUAGGUUUUGGAUUUGUUGAAGUUGGUUCUGUUACACCAGAACCGCAACAAGGAAACCCCAAGCCUAGAGUUUUCAGAUUACCUGAAAAUCUGGCUAUAAUUAAUAGAUAUGGCUUCAACAGCGAUGGUCAUGACAAAGUAUUGAUGAGACUCGAAAAACUGAAAAGUAAUCCACAUUUUAAAGGCGUGGUAGGAGUGAAUUUAGGAAAAAACAAAACUUCUGAUGAUCCCAUAUCUGAUUAUGUAAAAGGAAUAGAGAAGUUUGGUCAUGUUGCUGACUACUUAGUAAUCAAUAUAAGUAGUCCAAAUACACCCGGCCUUCGCACGAUGCAGCACAGAGAUAUAUUAGGUCAUCUUCUAGCUACUUUAGUAAAAGUACGUGAUAAUUUGGAAUGUGCUAACAAGCCACCUUUGUUGCUAAAAUUAGCACCUGAUUUAUCGACUAAGGAGAGAAAGGACAUUGCUAAUAUUCUGAAUAGAAAAGAUUGUAAGAUUGAUGGUCUAAUUAUAUCAAAUACGACUGUAGAGCGAGACAUUUUGAAUCCAAGUGAUCCUCACACACAAGAAGUUGGUGGUCUAAGUGGCCAGCCUUUAUCUGAUAUGUCAACUACAAUGAUUAAAGAAAUGUAUAGAUUAACAAAUGGCAAGUAUCCAAUUAUUGGAGUUGGAGGAAUAUUUAGUGGCAAAGAUGCCUAUGAAAAGAUAUUGGCUGGGGCAAGUGUUGUUCAGCUGUACACAUCAUUUGCUUAUCACGGACCACCUCGAAUAAGGAAAAUAAAACAGGAGUUAAGUGAUUUACUGGCACAGAACGGAUAUAAGUCUAUUAAAGAUGCGGUCGGUCGCAAGUGAUGAUGAUCCCAACUAUUUAUACUAAUCUGUGAUAAAUUAAUUGAUAAACAAAGAUUUUUAUUCUAUUUAAAUAUGUAUUCAGAUCAGAACACGCUGUUAUUUAAAAGUAUUUGACUCUGUAUAAGAAACUAGAGGACAAUUUUAAAAAGUUUUCAAAAUUAUCUGUGAAGAUUUGUGCCUUUGUAUGUAUUCUUUUUUAUUGGGAGAUAAAGUUAAAUUUGUUGCGU